CACAGCUAUUAUUUAACCUCAAAAAUGGAAAUCGACAAGCAAAAAUUGAUAAAAUUAAAGUAUAUGGAGCGAACUUUGUCCACGUUAUUGGAAAAAAUCGACAAAGAAAUCGUGCAGACUGAUGUGGAAUGGUUACAACUAAAAAGUAUGGCAGAGGUGGAUUCUGAAGCUAGAACACCAAACUUGUCGAUAGUCAAGAAGGAAAAAUCUCCUGAACCCCAUACAAAGGAAGUGAACAGGACCGAGUUGAAUUUAAAUUUGGUUAAAAGGGCUGGGUAUUCAGAUGAAGAGUUUGAUAGUGAUUAAGAUGAUGUAUAAUGGAUAAUUUUGUUCAUUGUUUAAUGAAUGUAUACGUUUAAUUAAUGUAUAGGUACAUUAUUCACAUGGGGGGAAAAAUUGGGGUUAAUAAGUAUUGAUUUUUGACGUUGAAGUUGAAAGCUUAAAAUCUGCACAAAAAUAUAUUCUUUAAGAAAAAGUAAAAAUUGUUCAUAUCUUGUGUAUUGGUGUUGAUAA